AUGAUUCAAUCUCUUGCUCGUUAAAGGCGGAAGUUCUUGAAGGCAAGGUUUUUUUUGAAACAUAAGCCUUUGUUUCUAUUGAACCAGCACGUCGCUCGUCCUAGGAAUAGACAACGCUAGAAUUCUACUCCGAAUCAAUCGGACGGGACGAUAAUCGAGCACCUGCUGUACUGCAUAGUAUCCGUCGAACCAACGACUCCCGCGAGAAACCUGCAGUGCGGCGACUUCGGUUGUGCCGAAGCGCUCAUCGGGGGACUCCGCUUCCUCCAGCGGGCAUAAUGCGGCUGCAAUCACUCUUCCCCCUGUGAUUGUUUGCAUGUUGAGGCAUCGAUAACACGCCACGAACAAGCAGGAGUUCACAAGCACAGGCGAGAUGGCGGUGCAGCCCGCGGCGCACCUGAAUCCGGACGUCUGCUUCGCAGUGCUCCAUGAAUGGGUGCGGCUGAGCAUCGCCCCGAGCGCCACCUUUCAGCAGGUGAAGUCGGGAGAGCUGGCUCGCUACGUGUACAACCGACUUUCGGGGAAGAACGCGGCUAGCCUGAAGGACUUGUGCUACGAGCUCGGUGACCAGGAAAAUGUGCCGCGGGAAGCCGAUUCCGAGGAGGAACGCAGUGCGAAAAUCUUGCAGAUUUGGAGCAACACGCUGAGCCUGGUGGUCACCGAUUUCGACACGGAGGACGAGAAGUAUUCCACCGAGGUACAGUCGUUGGACGACGAGAAACAGAUCCUGUUGAUGGACAUGGUGGAGCCCUACCUCGAGAAGCAGGACGAGGAGAAUCAAAAUUACCAGGACGAGGAAAACGGAGAUAACGAAAUGGGAAUACCGAUCCCACCACCAAAAUUGCAGGCACAGGUGGUUCACACAAACACCUCCACGUCGACCACUGCUGUGGCAGACAACACGGGCAGGAAUAAUGGAAGAGAACCGGAGGACUUGCCCGACUUCGCGACUCCGGUGUCGGAUUCCCACCGCAUGCAGGUCUGCGGCGGUGCCGGGGUACUAGACAAAGAGAUCAAAGCAACCGGCUUCUUUCGGGACGGCACAGAAGAUCGCAAGAAGCAGCACGGCGGCGGGGGAGUGUUCAAUCACGCCCCAUUCGGUGAUAAUCAGGGAGCAGCAGGCUCUUGCCAGGACGAAGUCAUGAGCGACCGCAUUGGCGAGACCAAUUUCGCAGGUCCGAGAACGUCUCCCAGAAGUAGGACGGCUACUUCCGGUUACAACAAGUUCCUCCAGCAACGCGACGAAUUCGACGCCGGGCCACGAAUGGCCGCCGGUGGCGUCCUUGUGGGAAAUCAGCCGUCUGCUUCUUCGAAGUCCCCGCGAGCGCUUGUUCCCAGUCCGCAUAGUACAAAUUUGGCGACCGCGGAGGGCUCCGGAUCCGCCACCGCACGGGAGCCGGCGCAGCAGCGGGCGAGCUUGAAGGAGAGGGACCUGCAAAUCCAGUCGCUGCAAGCGGAGGUUGCGCGGCUAAAGAAGGACACCGCCGGGCGGACGCAAGCCGCCAACCUACUGAUGGACGCGGAGUUUGACGGAGCCAUUGAACGGCAGGAGCUAGCGCGCAAUCUGCAGAGCGCCAAGGAAAAAAUCAAAUCCCUCGAGGACAAGUACAUCGCCCUGGAAAAGGUGAACGCAACGCAGCUGGAAAAGCUGCAGGACCUUGACCGGCUGCGCGAAGUGGGCGAAGAAGCGGCUGCGAGCAAGAGAAAAGUGGAAAACUUGAACGCCAAGGUAGCGGAGCUCAAUGCCGAAAGAGCGCAGUUUUUGACCGACCGACACAGGAUUAAGCAGCUGGAAGUCGUAUUGCAUUGCUUUUUUCGUCGGCAUUAACUAGUGUUUGCAUCAACGUUUAAGACUUGCAUUUGGGGUGCUGAGCUUUCUCCUUCAUAAAAAAGAUCGAAAUCAGCCACAAAUAAAAGAGGAUCUGAACGCAAUUGACAUUGAUAAACAGGAACUGCAAACGCUGUCGCAGGAGUAUCAGAAGCUGCAGGAAAAUGAAAAGAUCGCGGACACCUUGCGGGAGAAAAAUGCUCAUUCGCAGUCUACCGUCGCGCGAUUGGAGGAACAGAUACGGGCACUCGAGCAAAAGGCGAGAGACGCAGCGGAAGCGGCAGACCAAAUGAAGCAGAUUAAUGAGGAGACCACAGGAAGUACAAAUAGAGCUCAAUUUGUUACUUGUUGUUUCUUUUUUCGCAUAGAAACGCAGCAUCUCUAGCUUACGCGAACCUGAAGAUGUCGUGUGAGCUUUCAUAUCACCUUGCAGAGACGCAGUGAUGCUUUGUGAAAAAUUUUCAAAUUCGCCCUAGGUGUCCGCAUGCUGCAAUCAAGCAAGGAAGAGGAGUUGUUCGCCGCCGAAGGUCGGCGUCGCGAAGCCCUGGCGGAGCAGCGCGCGCGCUUCGAGGCGGACAUCCGAAAGUUGGAGGAAAAACUGAAGACCGUCGAGAAGGAGCACGCGGAGGAGGUGCAGCGCCUCGAGCAAAGCCACGUUGGGGAGCGGGACGCACUGAAGGACCAUUUGGAAAAAAAGGAGAGUCUCAUUCUCGAGCGGAAGCAGGCACUGUUGGACGCCGAAAACCACCAUGCGCAGGAGAUUCGGCGGCUGCAGACGGAACACCUGCAAGCUUGUGAUCGCCUUCGGAAUGACCUAGGAAGAGACCAAUCAAGCUCAGUAAUUUUAUACUCUUUGUUCCGCCGCACUGGCACACGUGCUUGAGAAACCUUAUUUGUUCACUAGUGUACUGUAUUCUGUUUCUGCAUCUGCUCUGUGAGUCUGACAACCGUUAACGUAUCUCUUUCCCACAGGAAACGCGACUCCGCGAAGAGCUUGAAGAACGGCAUGCGAAGGCGCUGAAGAUCGCGGAGGACGGAUUUGCGGCCGACCGUAGCCGUUUGGAAAAGCGCAUAAAAGCCUUGGAGGAAAACAUUGAAGCAGUCACAGCUGAUCUGCAGGCCGAGCGGCGGAACCGAGCUCGCGAGGUGGACGAAUUGCGCAAUGAGGGCGACAAAAGCGAAAAGGAAUUGAUUGCGACUUGGCAACAACGGGUUGACGAUGCCAACCAGCGGCUGGAGAACGAGCAGGAGCGCAUGCGGCAGGCGGAGAAAAACGUGGAACAGAAAUGGAACGAACAAUGCAUGAACCUGCGCAACCAGUACGCGCAGGAUCUAGCAACCAAUAUAGCCGCGGCUCGCACGGAAUGGGUGGAAAAAGAACGCAGCUUCAAGACGGAGGCGCAAGAAAUUGUGGCCAAGGCCGAGGCCGAGUACCGGCGCUUGAAAGACGAAAACGAGAGGACUAAAGGUGAACUCACGGCGCAGCUGACAGCCGCGCUGGCGGAGGUGGAAAAAGUAAAACAGGAGCAGCACAACGAGCGCGACAAGCUGGUACUGAAACACCAACGCGAUGCGCAAGAUAAUCGCAGUAAAGCGGAAGAAGUGCUCAAAGAUCUAAAGGAGAGGCACCAAAAGGAGCUGGAAAGCCAGAAGAAGCAGCUAGAAAGCGAGCUGGGGAACCGGCAGCGCGUCGAAGUCGAGAAAGCCCGGGAUGCUGAAAACGAAAAAAUGCAAGACCUCCGGAAACAGCACGAAAUCGAUGUUGCCGAGCUGGUGGAAACAAUUCAGGGUCUGCGCACCCAGCUGACCGAGAAGGACCAGCGUCUCGUGCAAGCGGAGGUAUUUCUGAACUUUUUUUCUGUUUUACUUUCUUUCAGUGCCUCGACUGCCCACACCAAAAGAUUUAGAUUGAAGUCGAUCACUAUGACUGAUGGCAUACAUCUUUGCGCGAGUGAAUUGAACCUGAAAGUAGAAACAAGAACUUACAAAACAGAAAGAGCAUGCAGAGACGCGGAAUUCGUUGGAGUUGCAGCAGAGCGAGGCGAGCAACAGUGCGUUUACCACGCUGCGAAGCAAGUGCGACUCUCUGAAAGAGGAGCUGAGUCAGAAGAAGGACGAAAACGCGCAACUCCAGCUGGAUAACGAGGAGGCCAAUCUGAAACUGAAGUGCGUCAUGGAAACUAGUCAGAAGGAGAAGCAGCAGCUUCUAGCGGAAAGGGAGGACCUGGCGAGCAGACUCGCACACGCCGACGAGAAGGUUCUCCAGACCGAGGCACGGUGCCGACUGCAGCGGGAGCAGGCGCACGCGGCGAAGCACGGCAUUCAAAGCAUGCAGGUGUUGGACACGCUGCGCGGCCGGCAGCUCGCGGAGGCGCAAAGUGGCGCCACGGACUGGCAGGAAAAGUAUCGAACCCUGCAUGAGGCCUUUAAGGAGCUGUCCACUGCGUUCGAGCAAGACAAGGCCGCGCGGGAACGGCCUGCUCAGUUGGGCGACGUGGCUGCCAUCAACCACGACCUGCUCGAGGAAAACAUUCGGCUGAAAAAAGAAAAGAAAGAUGUGGUAUCGAGUGUUUUGGAAACGUGAUGCGAUUCACCUAUUUUUCGUGGCUUCUAGUACCUUUUGAUGCUUCGAAAUUUUGCAACUUACACAAGACCUGGAUUCCGAACCUCCGCAGCAGAAGUUUUCGAGUUUUUUGUUGCCCAAAAAAUCUUCAGCUUGUGCGGCACGCCGCGCAGCUCCGGUCCCUUGGCGUGGCAGCGACAACAACUCCCGCGAGCGGAGCGAACACGCAGCUCCUUGAGGAACCGGACGACAAAACAAACCCAGCCGCCAUGGAUUGCGACGUUGCGGCGACCGGCUCUGCACCUGAAGGCACUUCUUCCGCUGCUCCGCGUGGUCGCAGUACUGCUGCGUCUAAAAAUCUUCCCGGAAGUAGUGGAUCUUCGUCCAGCGCCGGCGGAACUGGUUCCAUCCUCAAAACAAACAAGGUCGUCGCGCUUUCCUCGAACACCGGCGGCGCGGACCUGCAAGAGCGAGAAAUAAACAGCCACCAAUACGAGUUCGAGCAGAAGGACGUGCCGAAGGUUUUGGAAGAGAAAAACUCACAUAACGAUAUGCUCGGCUAUCCGCCACGCGGCCUUCCGGUCAAGCGCGAACUCGGGGCUCACGAACGCACCGACAGUGCAGAAAAGAGGAUGAAAAUGACCACCGGUGCGCACAAAGAGGAUGGCCAAGGACAGUGCGCGCAGCAAUGACUCCUUAUUCAUUAUCCUUUCUUCUUACCACCAAAAGUUAUGCAAACUCUUACAUAGACUUUACUUUUCGUUGAGAACCAAAAAUGUCUUGUAAUCAAAAAGCUCAAAUUGAUUAUUCUUGUUUUUCCGAAAUUGUAAUUACGUGCUUCUAGAAUUUAACUCAAUCGUAGUCUCUCUUGUGAUCAUUCUAGUAAGUCUAUGUUUCUGGAGUUGGUUGCUGCAGCGGACGGCCUGUCUGCCAGCAGCACUCUCCAAGCUGCAAAUUUAGGUAUCAUUUUCUUGUUCCAAAAUCAACUAAACUAAAACCUCAACGUUACUUUACUCAUUAAACAUUGUCAGCUUACGCCUGCCCGGUGUUAAGACCCAAAAAUCAAUCUAAUCGCGUGUUGCAAGACUUUAAUCACCAUCGCAUUGGUGGCCAUUGGUACGUUUAUUCGCGCAGACAUUUUGAGUGCUCCGACCCUCCGGUACGCAGGAGGACAUGCAGUAUUUGCAAUCGUAGAUGUUGGCUUACGUAGUAGCAAUCGAAUCUUCUGGUUGACGUCUUCAGCGCCGUAUUGUAAAGAAAAAUAAGGACCAGUGAAUCAAUUAGCGCAGUAAAGAC